UAAAGUUAUACAUAAACCAAACAUAGAAUAAAAUUUUCCCUUCCAAUCCAAAUAACCACAUCCAAAGCUUUUCGUCUCCCAACCCCCUCCCCAUUACAUAAAAUAACUUUCUAAUUAUUCAAAGGCAAUCUGAUAUUUCUUAAUCUGAUAUCUGUUUUGUAAAUAAUCAAUCCAUUUUUUCCAUUCAAUUAAAUAUCUUUCCUGCAUAUUGUCUUUUAAAAACGCUGAGAUUUUAGCCAUCUCAGCCAAAUUAAUAACUUUCAAUAUCCAUUCUUCUAUUGUAGGUAUCUCAAAUUUAAUACGUGUCUUAACAGGUGGGCAUCUGCAGGAGGGGUCGGCUCAACAGGGUCACUCACGUGUUUUGUCAGCCUCCUUUCAGAGCUUAUUAAGGGGCUCCAGGACAGCAGUAGCUUCUUGUCCUUUUAAAUAGAGCUUUCCUAAGGGGGCUGAAGAGAGCCUCCCCCCCAUAUGUCGGCAAACGGAACCGAGGAGCAGUUGUCGGGGCUUUUUCUGCUGAAGAGAUGGGGAAUGGGGAGGGGCUUUCCAAGGCCCUCCAGGGCCGUUUCCCAGCAGGCCUCCAGCCAAGUGUAACACCGAAUGGGGAAGUGGCCCCUACUGGGGUUUUGAGUCCGGGGUGAGGGGACGUUCCUCUCUCCCUUGCCAGAUGGAAAACCCCAGACCUGGGGGGAGGGGGCAUUUCCUUUGCUUCCUCUCGGGUGCUGAUUUUCUGCCUAGGAAGCAGUAAUGGAAUUUGGGGUGCAAAAUUUCACUGUCCCCUCCAUAGUUGGUUUGUGGCUGAGCCAUGACAAGAGGGGGUGGAGACCCCUCCCCGGGAAAUCAGCCACGGGCUGCCUCCAAUCCUCAGCGUGAGGGACAACUGUGGCCCCUUCAGCUGACCAACUGGGGCUGGCUGACCUUUGAGCUGCGGUUUUUGAUGCUGCGUCACUCCAAAUGGCCCCAAAUCGCCCCAAAUCCAUGGGAAAGCCUGAAAGGCAAGCUGCCACCCCCUUCAGGCCUUCUCCCGGGGCCGGGGCAUCCCCUCUACUACAGCGGGUGGCAGGCAGUUGUGGCCAAGCAGAGCUCCAAAGCGGACGCCUCAAUUCAAGGCCCCCACCCCUCGGAUGUUUAGGCUCUGCUGCAGGGGGUCUCCCCAGUUCUUUCCCGCUAUCUGAUUCGCCCGACAAAUCGUCGCCACGAAUCUCUGCUCCGAAGGCUGGAGGGACUGAUGAACCCCGCUGCUUGCGGCUGAGCCUCAGGCCGGCCACGGUCCAACCCGCGCCUCGCUGGCUUCGGAAACCAGCAGCGGCUGCUCUUCGCCGGCCCUCCGGCUCCUGGCCGUUCUACUGGACGCCCCCGGAGCGCUGCCCUUUCGCACGCCGACCCCGAGCCGGGGGGUGGGGGGAAGGCAAGCGACCCUCAGACCCUAUCGAUGCUAUGCCCGCGAGAGCUCCCUCUCUUAUUGGAUGUCCCCUGCCCCACAACAACCCCGCGAGGUAGUUCAGGCUCAGCGCGAAAGGACGGACGAAAUGGGGAGGGGUUGUUAUUUGCUGCCCCUGACCGAGCUCGGGACUUCCCUGUGGGGGGAUUCCCGGUAGGCGGGUGCGAGGGUCCGGCAGAGUGCGGCGCCGCCCCUGGAAGCUCAGCGCCUCGCCCGAUGGGUUGGCGAGAGCCCCGCCGCCUCCCGGCGCCUAUAAAGGGGUCGGGAUGGAGGCGGCGGGUCGAGGCGGCGUCGAUGGAGGGGCGAAGGUGGUCGGCGGGGCUGAGCGCGGCGGUUCUGCUUAUGUUGCAGGGCCUGGCCUUCACGCAGGGGCCCAGCUGCAACCGCACUCAGUACCAGUCAAACGGCAGGUGCUGCAGCCGAUGCCCACCAGGCCACAAAGUGGCAGCUGCCUGUUCGGGGGAGUCCAGUACGAUCUGCAGCCCCUGUGAGGAGCAUCACUUCCAGGCCAGCUGGACCAAGGAGCCUCACUGCACCCCACACCACAUCUGCAACCUGAAAGCUGGCCUGAUUGUCUAUCGGAACGGGAGCAAAGAGCGAGACAUCGUCUGCCGGUGCCGGGAGGGUACCCAUUGUUCCAGCAAUGAGUGCGAGACUUGCCGGCCCCACACCUCCUGCGGCAAAGGGGAAGGGGUCCAACAGGAUGGCAACCACGUAAAUGACACUCUGUGUGCGCCCUGUUCUUUGGGCCAUUUCUCCAAUGUCUCGUCCUCCACAGCUUGGUGCCAGCCCUGGAGCAGGUGCCAGGAGGGGCAGGUUCAGAAGACAAACGGCACACAGGCAACGGACGUCGUUUGUGCAGGCGGCCUUCUUCUUCUUCCCGCAGAGCCCGCCCCGGUGACCCGCGAGGCCAGGAAGAGCCACCUGCUGGUGCUGCUCCCUAUUGCUGCCUUCCUGCUGGGGGCACUCCUUUUCUUGUGGCAUCGACGUGGCAAAUGUCCUCGGAAGCGGCACCACGACCUGCCCCCGGAGCCCACCGAGAAUGAAGAGGACUGCCCUGCCUUCCCCACCCAAGAGACCCUUCUGGGGGAGCAGGCGGGCAUGCAAGAGAAGGACUGCCAUCUCGCCCAGCAGGAGCAGGUCUGACCAGGAAGCUGUGGGGAUGCGAGACCAGCUGCACAGCCAGGUUGACCAUCUGCUCACCUGCCUCUCUGCACUCCAUGCCUGGCAGCCUUGGCGAUGCUGUGUCCUGCCAGGGUCCUCCUUGGUUCCUCCAGAGCCCCGUGCUGGAGACAGGCUCCCCAAAGGGAAGGCUGGCAGGGCAAAAAGGCAAAAGCUUUCUUCAAAGGACCCUGGGUGUUCCCGCCACCUGGAUCCUGGCACCAGUUGUACCAAGCUCUCUUCCUGGGAAGAUCCUGGGCGCCCCCUAGCAGGGGCCCUGGGUGGAAGCAGUGCAGCAAGGGGGCUGGGUUGCCCCUCCUCCCCAGCAGAAUGACUGCCAUCUGCAGAGACGAGCAGCCACGCCAGCCUGCCCGGGCUUGCAGCCAUCCCAAAGGCUUGUGGCCUCCCAGUUGUAGGGAAAGGCUUUGGGGCAGCGGCUCCACAGGCCCCUCCUCCUCUACUCUGAGGAACCCACCAGUGUGUGCUACCUCAUGGGGAGUUGCAGACUGGCUUUUUCCUCUUUCCCAGCCCCAUAGAGUGAUCUGGGUUAGGGGACAGCUGAGUUGGGUUCAGGUGAAGGGGGCUGGUGAGGAGGCUUCUCCCACUUGACAAGGCCCGGGCUCUGCCACGCAGGGUGCCCCUUCUUUUCUGGCAGCUUCUCUUUGCCCUUCAGGGGAAGUACAAUUCCAGCAGGCGUUUUGAGUUAAGCCGCCUCCAUUUUUUCUAAAAACCUAGCAAGGUGUGGGUCUCAGCCAGGGGAGAAAGACUCCCAGCCCUCUCCUCCCUCGCCCAGAUCUGCCCUGGAGGCCGAUGGAUUGGCUCUGCAGGGCUUCAACUGAAACCGGAAGCAAAAGGGGGCCUCUUCAGGCAAGGGAGCAAAUGAGGUCUUGGGAAGGCAAGUCCCAGU